AUGGGCAUCGCUUUGGAUGCUCUCUACUUUGCUCUUCAUCCGAAUCAGUUAGGAGCGCUAAUUCAAUGGAAACUACGACAUGCUUCUCUAUACAAUAGAAACAAAACGCAACAGUCUGCAACAGCCAAGGUCUGUUUUGAAUACUUGGAUAAGACAAGUCGCAGCUUCAGCCCCGUUAUCAAAGAGCUACACCCAGAGCUGCUCUUGCCCGUGUGCGUGUUCUACCUGAUAUUGCGUGGCCUUGAUACGAUAGAAGACGAUACAUCGAUUUCCCUCGAUGUGAAACAGUCACUCCUUCGAAGCUUCAAGGACCAUCUUGACCAAGAUGGCUGGAACUUCACAGGAAAUCGACCCGAAGAAAAAGAUCGCGAGCUGCUGGUGCAAUUUCACAAUGUGAUUGCCGAGUUCCGGAAGCUAGAACCGACUUACCAAGCCAUUAUCAAGGAUAUCACUCACAGAAUGGGUACUGGUAUGGCUGAUUUUGCGGGGAAGGCAGCUCUAGGAUACGGGAAAGUGACUUCGGUGGAGGAGUAUGAUCUCUAUUGCUGGCAUGUAGCCGGGAUCGUUGGCGAGGGUUUGACUCAUCUCUUCGUGAAGGCGGAGAUGGGCGACAAUACUCUGAUAAACCAGCCCUUGUAUAGAUCAAUGGGUCUCCUCUUGCAAAAAAAUAACAUCAUUCGCGAUGUUCGUGGAGAUUUUGAUGACGGUCGCCAGUUCUGGCCCAGAGAAAUCUGGUCUAAUCAUAUCGACAAGUUUGAAGAUCUUUUCGAGCCAAAGUGUCUCAACAAUGCCCUCAAUUGCAGCUCCGAGAUGGUUUUGAAUGCCAUAGGACAUGCCCGUGACUGUUUGUCAUAUCUUGCGGGCUUGAAUGAGCAGAGUGUGUUCAAUUUCUGCGCAAUUCCUCAAACAAUGGCUUUGGCUACACUUCAGCUAUGUUUUCGCAAUCCCGCAAUAUUUCAACACAACGUCAAACUCACAAAGGGAAAUGCGUUGCAGUUGAUGGUUGAUUCUAGUCAGGGAAUUGAGGGUGUGGCGAAAGUCUUCUGUCAUUACGUUCGUCGAAUUCAACAGAAAAACAACCCCGAGGAUCCGAAUUACUUGAGAAUCAAAGUUGCAUGUGAAGAGAUCGAGGAAUUCGCGAAGACUCUGGUGCCAACAAAGAGUAUUGAUCUUGCUAAGGAAAAGACCGGUGCGAAGGGGCAUUGGGCUGGGUCUCAUCCUGAACAAGUGGUUGUCUCUUGGGCAGUCGCCUCAAUCUUCGCCCUGGGGGUUCUGUGGCUCAUCGCCCGUACAAAUUUGUUUUGA